CAGCUCGAACAACUUCUCAACAAGCAAAGCAAAAAAGAAAAAAUGUCUCCUGCCAUUGCUGCGGCCGGUGCUGCCUCCAAGGAUGUUAAGAAGGAGUCCGCGACUGCUCGACUUCUGGGUUCAGGAACCGCUGGAAUUGCGGAGCUCCUAGUUUUCCAUCCGGUUGAUACAACUGCAAAGCGAUUGAUGAGCAAUCAGACCCGGAUUACGUCAAUUGAAGGUAUGAAACAGGUCGUUUUCAAAGAGUAUGCCAACGCUUCCCUGGGGCGCAAGUUUACUUCGAUGUUUCCUGGUCUUGGUUACGCUGCUGGCUACAAGGUUCUGCAACGAAUCUACAAAUACGGUGGUCAGCCAUUCGCAAGGGAUUACCUGGCAAAACAUCAUGGUGCCGACUUCGAUAAUGCUUUUGGAAAAGGAACAGGCAAGGCUAUCAUGCAUGCUACCGCCGGAAGUUUGAUCGGUAUCGGUGAAAUUGUCCUUCUUCCUUUGGAUGUCCUGAAGAUUAAACGUCAGACAAAUCCCGAGGCCUUCCGUGGUCGCGGCCUUUUCAAGAUCAUCUCCGAUGAAGGCAUGGGACUCUACCGCGGUGCCGGCUGGACUGCUGCUCGCAAUGCACCUGGAUCUUUCGCGCUGUUUGGUGGUUCCGCCUUCGCCAAGGAAUACAUCUAUAACUUGCAGGACUAUAAUUCGGCUUCCUGGGCGCAGAACUUUGUGGCAUCCGUCUGUGGUGCCAGUGCCUCUCUGAUUGUGUCGGCUCCCCUGGAUGUGAUCAAGACUCGUAUCCAGAACCGCAAUUUCGAGAACCCUGAGUCUGGCUUCCGCAUUGUGUCGAACAUGGCGAAGAACGAGGGCCUCACCAGUUUCUUCAAGGGUCUCACACCUAAGCUGCUCAUGACCGGGCCCAAGCUUGUUUUCAGCUUCUGGCUGGCUCAGACGUUGAUUCCCGCGUUUGGCCAGGUCUUAUAAACGAGAAGAGCACGGAAUGGUAUUAAUAGCAGGCUUUAGAUUUUUGGCUUUUUGUUUUUUCCUUUUUUCUUCUUUUUCUUACCUUCGUGC